AUGUCCACCUACACUCAGCACCCUCUUACCCUAAUCUCUCUUCCUUUCAGUCCACCCUCUCUUCCUUCCCACCAGCAACCCGCAAAUCCAAUUCACAGACAGUCUCCUCAGCUUCUCAUUUCCACUUCUCCUCCAAAACCAAUUUCCAUAUCACACUCUCAAGCCUCAUGGGUUGAGUCCCUUCGCUCCAAAACGCGCUCUAAUCAAUUCCGUGAAGCCAUUUCUACGUACAUUGAAAUGAUUGGUUCGGGUGUUUCGCCUGACAACUUUGCCUUCCCGGCAGUCUUGAAGGCCGUGGCAGGGAUUCGGGAAUUGUAUUUAGGGAAACAGAUUCAUGCCCAUGUUUUCAAAUUCGGGUAUGGGUCUUUCUCGUCUGUGACUGUAGAUAAUACCCUUGUGAAUAUGUAUGGUAAGUGUGGAGAUUUAGGUGAUGUGUAUAAGGUGUUUGAUAGAAUUACUGACAGAGACCAAGUUUCUUGGAAUUCAAUGAUUUCUGCUUUGUGUCGGUGUGAAGAAUGGGAGGUUGCAAUGAAGGCAUUUAGAUUGAUGUUGAUAGAGGGAUUGGAGCCUAGUUCGUUUACUUUGGUGAGUAUGGCACUUGCUUGUUCUAAUUUGCGGAAACGGGAGGGCUUGUGGCUUGGCAAGCAAAUUCAUGGGUGUUGUUUUAGAAUGGGUCAUUGGAAAACAUUUUCAAACAAUGCUUUGAUGGCUAUGUAUGCUAAACUAGGAAGACUCGAUGAUGCAAAAAGUUUACUAUUAUUGUUUGAAGACCGUGAUUUGGUUACUUGGAACAGCAUGAUAAGCUCAUUUUCGCAAAAUGAGCGGUUUAUGGAAGCGUUAAUGUUCUUGCGGCUUAUGGUUCUUGAACGAGUUAAACCCGAUGGGGUCACUUUAGCGAGUGUUCUUCCUGCUUGCUCCCACUUGGAGUUGUUAAGGACUGGGAAAGAAAUUCAUGCUUAUGCAUUGAGAACAGAUGAUUUGAUCGAGAAUUCUUUCGUAGGUAGUGCAUUAGUUGACAUGUAUUGCAAUUGUGGACAGGUUGAAAGUGGUCGUCAAGUUUUUGAUGGUGUCUUGGACAGGAAAAUUGGGCUUUGGAAUGCUAUGAUUACUGGUUAUGCACAAAGUGAGCAAGAUGAGAAAGCAUUAAAACUCUUCAUUGAAAUGGAAGCUGUUGCUGUUCUUUAUCCAAAUGCAACCACAAUGUCAAGUGUUGUACCUGCUUAUGUGCGCUGUGAAGGAAUUUCAAGAAAAGAAGGUAUACAUGGAUAUGUAAUAAAGAGGGGUUUGGAGACAGACAGAUAUGUGCAAAAUGCACUAAUGGAUAUGUACUCUAGGAUGGGGAAGAUAGAAAUUUCAAAAGGAAUAUUUGAUAGCAUGGAGGUUAGAGAUACAGUUUCUUGGAAUACAAUUAUCACUGGUUAUGUUAUUUGCGGCCGCUCUAAUGAUGCGCUGCUUCUGCUUCAUGAAAUGCAAAGAAUAGAAGAUAAGUGCAAGCACGAUGGUGACUACAACUAUGAAAAACAAGUUCCUUUCAAACCUAACUCGAUAACUCUGAUGACUGUCCUUCCUGGUUGUGCUUCCCUAGCAGCUUUAGCAAAGGGGAAAGAAAUCCAUGCUUAUGCCAUUAGAAAUUUGUUGGCAUCAGAAGUCACUGUGGGAAGUGCAUUAGUUGACAUGUAUGCAAAAUGCGGCUGCUUAAAUUUAUCCAGAAGAGUAUUUGAUCAGAUGCCUAUUAGAAAUGUGAUAACCUGGAAUGUAAUUAUCAUGGCUUAUGGGAUGCAUGGGAAAGGAAAGGAAGCAUUGGAGCUGUUUGAAGAUAUGGUGGCAGAAGGAGCCAAGGGUGGGGAAGUAAAGCCUACUGAAGUUACUUUCGUAGCAUUGUUUGCCGCAUGUAGUCACUCAGGGAUGGUAGAUGAGGGCCUGAGCUUGUUUCAUAAAAUGAAAAACGAACAUGGGAUUGAACCUGCACCAGAUCAUUAUGCAUGCAUUGUGGACUUGGUUGGUCGAGCAGGUAAAGUGGAGGAAGCAUAUGGACUUGUCAAUACCAUGCCUUCUGGAUUUGACAAACUUGGGGCAUGGAGUAGCUUGCUUGGAGCAUGUAGGAUUCACCAGAACGUUGAAAUUGGGGAAAUUGCAGCUGAAAAUCUCUUUCAGUUGCAACCUGAUGUGGCUAGCCACUACGUUCUACUCUCUAAUAUAUACUCAUCUGCUGGAAUUUGGGAUAAAGCAAUGAAUCUUAGGAGGAAGAUGAAGGCAAUGGGUUUGAAGAAAGAACCUGGUUGCAGUUGGAUUGAGUAUGGUGAUGAGGUGCAUAAGUUUUUGGCUGGGGAUUUAUCACACCCACAAAGUGAGAAACUCCAUGAUUUUCUUCAGACCUUAUCAGAAAGGUUGAAAAGGGAGGGCUAUGUGCCUGAUACUUCUUGUGUACUUCACGAUAUCGAUGAGGAGGAGAAAGAAACUUUGCUUUGUGGACACAGUGAGAAACUGGCAAUAGCUUUUGGCAUACUCAACACUCCUCCUGGAACUACUAUUAGAGUUGCCAAGAACCUUAGAGUUUGCAAUGACUGCCAUACUGCUUCUAAGUUUAUCUCAAAGAUAGAAGACAGGGAAAUCACCCUAAGAGAUGCGAGGCGGUUCCAUCAUUUCAAGGAUGGAACUUGUUCUUGUGGCGAUUAUUGGUGA